UAAGCUUUGUGACGCGCCGAGCCGCUUAGUUCCGCAGGUCGCCACCUUAACGGGAUCUUCUCUAUGCAAUCAGUUACUAGACCCACUGAAGAUUGUCCCUGGAUCUCCAGUGAAAAAAAUCUAUAUUCUAGCCUGAACUGUGGGAAGCAAGAAUAGUUGGUCCGUGUUUUUUUUGUUUGAAGGACACAAUGUUUUCCAAACUAGCACAUUUGCAGACCCUUGCUAUACUUCGUCGUGGAGUUCAUUCCUCAGUGACAUGUGCUACCUCUGUUGCAACUAAGAAGACAGUCCAAGGCCCUCCAUCCUCUGAGUAUAUUUUUGAACGGGAAUCUAAAUAUGGCGCACACAAUUACCAUCCAUUACCUGUGGCUUUGGAGAGAGGAAAAGGUAUUUAUGUGUGGGAUGUAGAAGGCAGAAAAUAUUUUGACUUCCUGAGUGCUUACAGCGCUGUCAGCCAAGGGCACUGUCACCCCAAGAUUGUAAAUGCUCUGAAGAGUCAGGUGGACAAGUUGACCCUAACAUCUCGGGCUUUCUAUAAUGAUGUCCUGGGUGAAUAUGAGGAGUACAUUACUAAACUUUUCAAGUAUCACAAAGUUCUUCCUAUGAACACAGGAGUGGAGGCUGGAGAGACUGCCUGUAAACUUGCCCGUCGGUGGGGCUAUACUGUGAAGGGCAUUCCGAAAUACAAAGCCAAGAUCAUUUUUGCAGCUGGAAACUUUUGGGGUAGAACAUUGUCUGCCAUCUCCAGUUCCACAGACCCAACCAGCUAUGAAGGGUUUGGACCCUUCAUGCCAGGUUUUGAAAUCAUCCCAUAUAAUGAUCUGCCUGCACUUGAGCGUGCUCUUCAGGAUCCAAAUGUUGCUGCCUUCAUGGUAGAACCAAUUCAAGGUGAAGCAGGUGUGGUUGUUCCAGAUCCAGGGUACCUCGUAGGAGUUCGAGAACUCUGUACAAAGCAUAAGGUCCUGUUUAUUGCUGAUGAAAUACAGACAGGAUUGGCCAGGACUGGUAAAUGGUUGGCCGUUGAUCAUGAAAAUGUUAGACCUGACAUAGUUCUUCUUGGAAAGGCCCUUUCUGGAGGCUUAUACCCUGUAUCUGCGGUGCUAUGUGAUGAUGACAUAAUGCUGACCAUUAAACCAGGGGAACAUGGGUCAACGUAUGGUGGCAACCCACUGGGCUGUCGUGUGUCUAUGGCAGCCCUCGAGGUUUUGGAAGAAGAAAACCUUGCUGCAAAUGCAGAGAAAAUGGGUACUAUCUUGAGAAAUGAACUCAUGAAGCUGCCCUCUGAUGUUGUAACUGCUGUAAGAGGAAAAGGAUUGUUAAAUGCUGUUGUUAUUAGAGAAACCAGAGAUUAUGAUGCUUGGAAGGUGUGUCUGCGGCUUCGAGAUAAUGGGCUUCUGGCUAAGCCCACCCAUGGCCAUAUCAUCAGGUUGGCACCUCCGCUUGUGAUCAAGGAGGACGAGGUCCAGGAGGCUGUGGAAAUCAUUAACAAGACCAUCCUGUCUUUCUGAGGGUAGGGGCAGUUCAUUAGUCCCUGGGACCUGGCUGGACAGAGCUGUCCUCUGAAAGCAGUGCUCUGAAAGUGGGCACAUUCUACCCCCACAUGUCUUCAAAGGCUUUUUAAAAAUAUACAUAUAUUUUUUCAGUUGAUGCAUAAUAGAAUGACAUUUAUGAACAUGUAGUUGGCUGUGUAACAUCACUAAGAAUGGAUGGGACCUAUAUUCAGUUAAAUUUGUGACUGUAUUUUCUAAGGUGAAAUGCUUCUGUCUAUAUAUAAAUAGCUUUCAAAUCAAGUCCUUCAGUAUAACUGAUGUACUUUUUUUUAUAAUUUCUUUGCUGGUAAAUGUUUUAUAUUUGAAAAAAUUAUCUGAGAUAUAUAAAAGACUUGCUUAACUUUACAUAUUGAAUCAUCGUUGAGUAAUCAUGUAAGCAAUCAUAUAAGCAUAUAAAAGAGUAGUGCUAAAGUAAACUUUAUUUUGGCCAACACCACAAUGUAUUCUAUGGAUGUCAUUAUUUUGAAUUUAAAAUGUGUUCUUAAAUUGUUUUAAGUGCUUGAUUAUGAUUUGUAAAGCAAAAUGAUUAUUUUUAACAUUUAAGUUUAAAGUAAAGCUUAUGUUUAAAAUGUC